AUGAGUGAACCCAUCCGUACUAUUAAUAUCCCAAAGUCCCAGAAGGGGUCGAAACCACGCCCAGCGAAGGCUGCUCCUAACCGAGACACCCUCAUCUCGAAAUCACUCUCGUAUCUUCUCCGUCACGCUGCUCAGGCCCAUGGUCUAUCGGUCGACGAAAAUGGAUACAUUCCGCUUCCUGAGAUUCUUAGCCACAAUAGAGUCAGGUCACACCAAGCUACCCUCGCCGACAUCCAGCGCGUUGUUGCGGACUGUGACAAGCAGAGAUUUACCUUGAAAAAGGCCCAGGGGGGUGCUGACGAUAAUGCCGCCUCCUAUAUUAUUUGUGCCAACCAGGGCCACUCUAUGAAGGUUGUUACGAACGACGCUGAGUCAUUGAAGCCGCUUACAAAGAAAGAGGACUUUCCCUCCGCCGUGAUCCACGGAACCACCAAGGACAAACUCCCCUUUAUAUUGCAAUCCGGGGGGUUGUCUCGUAUGACCAGAAACCAUAUUCACUUUGCCAAGGGGUUGCCGGGCGCAGAUGGCGUCAUCAGCGGGAUGAGGAAGAAUUGCUCUGUCGUGAUUUAUUUGGACAUUGAAAAGUGCUUCCAGCAGACGGAGCAGGGCCAUUUGCGUUUUUUCGAAAGCAUUAACGGCGUGAUUUUGUGUGCCGGUGAUGCUAAUGGAAUUGUUUCUAAGGAGUUGUUUCUGAAAAUAACUGACCAAAAAGGCAAUCGUAUCGUCUGA